AUGACCGUUUCUACCACCUCAUCUUCCUCUGAGCCCUUGACUGUGUUGGUGUCAACUCGCGCGGUGCUCACCUUGCCUGGUGAUGGCCUUAUCUUGUCACCAGCAACCAUAUCAGCCUCCCCUUCCACGGGCAAGAUCGUCUCCAUAGUCCCAGAAGUACUCCCGCCCUCCUCCUUCCCAUCUUCAACCACAUACGUGGACCAUGGCUCGAAGGUCCUCCUACCGGGCCUGGUGGACGCCCACGUUCACUUGAACGAGCCUGGACGGACAGAAUGGGAGGGUUUCGCUACCGGAACACGCGCUGCGGCGUCUGGGGGCGUGACGACUGUGAUUGACAUGCCCUUAAAUGCGAUCCCGCCAACCACGACGGUUCGGGGCUUCGAGGAGAAGUUGGCCGCCAGCCAGGGGCAGUGCUGGGUCGAUGUCGGUUUCUAUGGUGGUGUGAUUCCUGGCAACGCAGAUCAGUUGGUCCCGCUGGUGGAGAUGGGUGUGCGAGGGUUCAAGGGCUUCCUGAUCGAGAGUGGUGUUGACGAGUUCCCUUGCAUCUCCUCCACCGAUAUCGAGCAGGCCAUGCUCGCCCUCGCCGGGCGUCCCACGACCCUCAUGUUCCACGCCGAGAUGAUUCCUCCCAUCAGCGAUAGCGUGGGAGACGCCGUCCAGGCAUCAGAACCACCACUCGCCCCCACAGGCCAGCUAACGUCCUACGACACCUUCCUCGACUCGCGGCCGCCUGUUUUCGAGACGUGCGCGGUAGAGGAGAUCCUGUCGCUAGCCCAUCUGGCGCCACAGCUGCACCUGCACAUUGUGCACCUGUCGGCGACAGAGUGCAUCCCCAUCCUGAAGCAGGCGAGGAAGAACGGGGUCAACAUCACAGCAGAGACGUGCUUCCACUACCUGGGUCUCGCCUCCGAGGACGUCGAGGACGGUGACACUCGUCACAAGUGCUGCCCGCCCAUCCGGUCACGCAUCAACCAGGCCGGCCUGUGGGAGGAGCUGUGCGCGGAUCCCAGCGACAGCGUGAUCAGGACCAUCGUCUCGGACCACAGUCCCUGCACGCCGGAGCUGAAGCUCCUGCCGGGCCACCUUCAGCAGCAGCAGCACGCCGGUGCCGUCGACACCAUCCAGGGAACGCUGAUGCACUCGGACUCGGGCGUCGACGUCACCAUGCCGGGCGAGGAGGAGGCCAAGGCCGACACGGGCGCCGGCGACUUCUUCGCCGCGUGGGGCGGCAUCUCGUCCGUGGGGCUGGGGCUGCCGAUCCUUCACACGACGGCCAAGGCGGGUAACAGGCCGCUUGAUAUCGUUGACAUCGUGCGGCUGUGCUCGCAGGCGACGGCGGCGCAGGUGGGGCUCUCGCACCGCAAGGGCGGGCUCAAGGUCGGGCUGGACGCGGACGUGUGCGUCUUCGACGACGCCGAGGAGUGGGUGCUCGGGUGCCGCGGCAUGCACUGGAAGAACCGCUGCUCGCCGUGGGAAGGCAAGAGGUUCACGGGGCGCGUGAGGGAGACGUGGCUGCGCGGGCGGAAGGUGUAUGAGCUCGGCGGCGCCAACAGCGGGUUCGUCAGCGGCGGUCCCGUCGGGAAGGCUAUCGUCGAGAAGAGGACGGUCUAG